AUGAGAUUCCUCUCGGAAUUGGCAACCAUUAUAAUGGGUAGGCCUGGACAACGUGGCGCUCCAAUGUUCAAUGACACUUAUGCAACGAUAAUCCCAGUCUCAAACCUGUCCACUUUUAACUCGAUGGCUCGUAUUGCUGUACCAAAUACUGUACCAUCUAUAAACCUGAAUUUGAAUAAUCCAAUUGGCAGUAAGAUGAAUUCAUUACCGAAACCACCAGAUGUGCAAUUUCAGCAACCGUUUACACCGAAUCCAACGACUGUAGGGAUGAAUAUAAGGGGUUUAAACUCACUGACAUUACAUCCAGGUUCUUUUGAACCAUAUGCUGCUCCGGGAACUAUGAGGUUGUAUAGUAUGCGUUUUUGUCCUUAUGCUGAACGAGCCAUCAUCUAUGUUGCUCGAAAAGGAAUACCUGUUGAAGUUGUCAAUGUAAAUCCUGAACAAGGACCAAACUGGUUCUUGGCAAAAAGUCCACUUGGCCGCGUUCCUGCGUUUGAAAUCAAUGGAAAGACUGUUUAUGAGUCAACAGUUCUUGCUGAGUAUCUAGAUGAACUCUUCCCAGAGUCGUCAAUUCUUCCAAAAGAUCCGUAUUUGAAAGCACAUCAGAAGAUUCUUGUUGAACGGCUAUCACCUUUGAUUUCUGCAAUGUAUCAAUUUAUGAGCUCAACGAAUCCUCAACAAAUGCAAGAAACAGAUAAUUCGUUGCAUGCAGCUUUACGUAAUGCUGAAUCACUUUUGACAGACAACUUUUAUGGAGGCCGUGUUAUUGGAUUUGCUGAUAUUAUGCUUUGGCCAUUCCUGGAACGUCUAGAACUUAUAACCAUGAAUCCGUAUACUCAAUUUCGAUAUUUCCCGGGUAUGCAUUAUCCAAAGAUGGGUGCAUAUAUUGCCAGAAUGCAGAGGCAGCCUGAGGUUCGCCCUUAA